UUCCGGUGUGGUUUUGCAAUGAAACCAACUGACACCCAGUCAUAGAGGAAGAGGCAGAGAGGUGGAGGAAGGAGGGGAGGAGGGCCGCAGAUCUGUCAAAAAAAAAAAAAGUCUGCUUCAGUUCAGUCGAGAUGGAUCCCAGCAGCCCUCUGGACUCAUAACAAAACAAAGAACUGCUGAUGAUUUUGUAAUUAGUUGUCCUUUCCCCCCACCUCUCCCCUCACCAGUGAUCCACGGCCUCCUCGCAGCCCAGCCAUGGCCUCUGACACUGAGGAGAUGAUAGAGGAGUUCAUGGGGAGUGCGCUGGCUCAAUGGGUUGUGCUGUUCGAGAACACGGUGGAGACGGAGAGCAGCGUCCAGCUCUACAGCCAGUACAUGGAGGUGAACUCGGUUUUCAAGAGCGCUCGAGAGCGAUACGCGAGGCUGACCGACGGGGUUUUCCUCAACGAGGUCAUGAGGAUCAUAGACCCAAACCCCAAGGUGGAGCGGCUCUACGACAGCGAGAGAGAUGACCACAUGCUGAGAGUUCAGAACUUUUCCAUUUUGAAUCGACACCUCAGGGCAUUUUAUCAGGAAAACCUGCAGCAGCUGAUCCUCAUGCCGCUCCCAAAUGUCGCCAUCCUGGGGCAGGACCCCCUAACAGAGGCAGCUAUGGAGGAGCUCAGGCGACUGCUGCUGCUCUUACUGGGCUGUGCGGUGCAGUGUGAGAACAAGGAGACUUUCAUUCAGCAGAUCCAGUCCCUGGACAUCGAGACUCAGGCAGCCAUCGCCAGCUGUAUCCAGCAGGUGACUCAGGACCCUCGCACGGCACUACCGCUUCAGUGGGAGGAGCUGGUGGAGACCGAGGGCGCAGACCUACAGCUGGUCUUCGGCUCCAUGGCCAAACAAAUCCAAAACCUGCUGGCGCAGAGAGACGCGCACCUGGAGAGAAUAGCAGAGCAGGAAGCUCAGGUUGAUUCAAGGCCGACACCCCUGGGUGGCAUCGGCGACAAAGCCCCCCAGAGUCUGACGCUCCAGCUGGCAGACAGCAAGGCCAAACUGCGCCGCCUUAAACAACAACUGGAAGAUAAAGGCGAUCAGAUCCUGGAUUACAAGCAGGAAAUUCAGACGAUGGAAGAUCAACUGAAGAAACUUCAAAAAGAGAACCGAGCUCUGCAGGGUGAGGCCAGGGGCAUGAGAACGCUGCGAGAUGAGCUGGACUGCGCUCGAGAGCGGGCUGCACGGGCCGAGCAGCUCCAGACAGAGCUUCAGAGCUGUAAACACAGACUAAAGAACCUGGAGCUCACACGCACUCAGCUAAAGGAGCAGCAGCAGCUGUGUGCGGCGCUACAGGAAACUAAAACUCUGCUGGAGGAGCAGCUGGCCGACGCUCGGACCCGCUGCUCCUCGCUACGAGAGCUGGAGAAGGACAAUCUGCUGCUACGUCAACGAAUCAUGGACGUGGAAGCGGAGCGGGACACCGAGCGGCAGCGAGUUGAUGAGCUGCUGGAAAUGAACAUGAGCCUGGAGGAGGACCUGAGGCACAGGAGAACCUCCAAGGGGAACGUUCCUCCAUCUAUUAUUUCAAUCCACGAGCGCUUCCUCCACUCAGAGCUGGAUUCUGACGAGGACCUGAGCGAUCUGAUUGACCACAAGCCUCUGAGUGUGGAAGUAGAUGAGGCUUCGACGCUGAGGCUGCUGGGAGCAGAGCAGGAGAACGCCGAGCUGAGGAGGAGGCUGGAGGAGCUGCAGGCCCAGCAGGAGGAUGACUCUGUGAAGGAUGAGCUGGAGCUGCAGCAUCAGAACACGCUCAGGGAGUUUCAAAACUUGAAGAAUGAAAACGCCACUUUAAAGCAGCGCCUGCAGGAGCUGCUGAGGAAACUUCAACACCUGCAAGAGCAGAAGCAGGAGGAGGAGGAAGGUGUGGAGAAGCCGAGCGGAGAGGAGGAGGAGGAGGAGGAGGAGGAGGAGGUGGUGAGAGGAGUUCAGGGCUCAGAGACACCUCGAGGAGAAGGAGAGGGAAGGGUGAGGGCGACGGUGGGGGGCGAGAAACGAGGAGAGACGAUGCAGCGAGAAGCAGGGGUGGGAGAGGAGGGUCUGCACGUCCGACGGGCGGGGAAAGGUGAACUUUGUGACAAGGAGGUGAAGGUCAAAAGGAGAGGAGAGGCAGAGGGAGGGCAGAAAGAAGCGCACAAACGGGAAGAGGAAAGCGAACAAAAGUUGGAAAACGCCACGUUAACGACGGGCUCGGCGCCCCUAAAACCUCCAUCAGAGGACGACCCGGACGCCACGCACCCGACGGUGUGUUCGCUGUCCGCUCCAGACCUGGAGCUUCUGACACACCGGCUCCAGGAGGAGGCCGACAGACAGGCUGGUCUGGCCCAGGAUCUGCGCUCCAAGCUCGGGGAGCAGAGCAGGAGAACGUGGGAGGCCGAGCAGAAGCUGGUUCUGGUGGAGGCCGAGCUGCAGCGGCUGAAACGGGCCGCGGAGAGUCUGGUGGAGGCUCGCAGGCAGGUGGAGGUUCUGCAGUCGGAGGCUCUGGUCGUGGAGGAGGAGCUGUGCCGCCUGCGCAGCCAAGCCGAGCUCCACCGGAUGCAGACCACCGUCAUCGCCACCCUGGAGGGAGAGCGAGCCACUCUGGAGAGAGAGAGGGACGCUCUGCGCGGCACGGUGGACGCCCUGCGGGCCGCCCAGCGCAAGAGCGACCAGUUGGAGCUCACCAUCCAGACCCUCAAGGUGGAGGUGGAGCGUCAGGGCCGCAGCCUGGAGACGUGGCGCCGGCGGGAGGAGCAGCUGGAGGCCGAGCUGCGCGAGGGCGCCCUGGAGUCGGAGACUCUGGUCCGAGCGCGGGACCAGGCCCUGCUGGAGGCGUCGCGGCUGGAGCAGGAGAAGGAGAGCUGCCAGGCGGAGCUGGACGGCUGCCGCAAGGAGGCGCGGCAGAGAGAGAGGGAGGCGGCCCGGCUCAGGCAGCAGCUGGAGAGCACCAACCUGGCCUUGGAGCGCAGCAACCAGAGGGCCUGUUCUCUGGAUGCUGAGCACAGACGUGUGUGUCAGCAGCUUUCUGAGUGUAAGGAGCUCUGCACUCAGCUGCAGGACCUGGAGAAGCAGCUCAGCACUCGAUUAAACAGCGCGGAGGAGGUGAAGCAGCAGCUGCAGGAGCAGAACGCAGAGGCUCAGGCCAGGAUCGGCUCACUUUCUCAGGACGUGUCCAGUGAGCACGCCCGCUCUCAGAAACUGACCGCCGAAGUCGAGCGUUUGAACCGGAAACUGCAAAGAGCUGAAGACGAGCUGAAGGCCAGGACAGAUUCUCUGAAGCAGUCGGAGGAGAAGGUGGAGACGAUCUCACGGAGGCUUCAGAAACGUCAGUCUGUCCUCCUCAGCUGCAGUCCAGACACGUCACACCAGGAUGAGGGUCCAGAACCUGAAGCCGGAGCCCCCCGCUGUCAGGCAGCAGGGGAGCCGGAGAGGGAGCUGAGAGAGCGGGUGACGGAGCUGGAGAAGGAGAGAGCAGUGGCGGUCGCAGCACACGAGGCUCUGCAGAUGCGCUUGUCUCAGUCCCAGGAGACGUGCGAGCACCUCAAGGAGCAGCUGGAGGCGCUACGUAGGCACUCCCUCAGCCUGCAGGACUCCUGCACCAAACUACAAACACUCAACACUCAGCUACAGGUGGACCAAGCCAGCCUGAGCUCCCAGCAUGCAGCAGCGCUGGCCCGCUGCAGCGAGGGCGAGGCCCGCAGCGCCGCCCUGCAGGCCGAGUCCAAGGUGUGGGCGAGGGAGCGCGAGGAGUCCGCGGCCAGGACGGAGGCUCUGAGGCGUGACCACGAGCGGCUGACGGCGCUGCAGCAGCAGCAGGAGGUGGAGCUGGAGGAGCUGCUGGAGAAACACUCCCAGAUGAGGAGCAACUACCGGAGCCUGGAGGCUCAAAACAGGGAGCUGGAAGCCAGGUACAAGGAGCUGAUGGAUGGUAAAGCCCAGCUGGAGGAAAGAGAGCGAGAGAUGAAGAUGGAGAGACAGAAGCUGGAAGACGAGGCCCAGAGCAGGCUGGAGAGGGAGCGCGAGCUGGAGAGGCUGAAAGAAGACAGCGAGCGGCUGCAGGCCCAGCAGAAGGACUGGUUGGCCUCGCAGGCGGAGCUGCUGGCUCAGGGCUCUGUGCUAAAGGCAGAGCUCAGCGCCGCCCAGCUGGACCGGACUCGGCUGGAGGGGGAUCUCAGCGCCCUGAGGGAAACCAAUCAAAGUCUGGACCUGAGCAACGCUCGACUCACCAGUCAGUACCAGCUUCUGACACAGCUGAAGAGCAACAUGGAAGAGGAGAACCGACACCUGGCGGAGCAGAACCAGAGUCUGCUGAAGGAGAACCGGGCCUUAUUGGAGCAGAGCCUGGAGCGCCGCGACCUGCACUACUCUCAGCAGAGAGAGUACCAGGAGAAGCUCAGUGAGCUCCGUCGGGAGAAGCAGAAGUUGGUGGAGAAGAUCAUGGAUCAGUACCGGGUCCUGGAGCCCAGCAUGCAGCCUCCGGCAGGAAAAGCAAAGAAAUCUAACUGGAUUGCAGACAGGAUGAAGAAACUAAUCAAACCCCGCGGAGGAGCGGGAGGAGGGAAAGAGGGACGCGCCCUCUUCAUCGCCGCGGGCAGCGUGGAGAACCUGGCCGACAGCAACGAAUUAACAUCAGACACAAACGCGCCAAAACCCGACCCCCUCAGCGCUCCGGUAUCUCCGUCACCUGUGAGAAAAGCUGGGCAUAAACCGGAACCGGACAUCUCAGUUCCCGGGACUCUGGCCCUGCGCUCCGGGUCCGGUGGUCGUCGUAAGCUGGGCUCCCGUCAUGGCUGGGGGAUCGGCUUGACCAGAGGAGGCACCGGGGCGUCUCAGUCCUUCAGCCCUGGAGACCACAAGACGCCCCCACGCCAGAGGUUUGGCUCCAGUCAGAACUCCUCCACCAUCCUGUGGGAGGGGACAGGAAGUCGGGCUGAUCCGCCUCGGGACCCGGAAGGAUCGCUGACCAGUCAGGAGAGUGUCGAGGAGGAAGAAGGGAGAGAUCAUCCCUCCAGUGAUGACGUCACAUCUUCUUUAGAGAAAACCACAGACUCACAUUUAAACUGAAACAAACCUCAAAUUUCUUAUUUUAUGUACCAAUAUUUUAUCUUUUGUGUGUCUGAAUCAUUCCAGUUUGUCCUAAUAUUUUUAAAUACAAAAUAAAUCUAUUAUUCAGUAAAAUAAAGAUUACCUGACCUCCCUCACCGCCCGCUACAUGAUAAAUUAAAACUUCUGUUAAUUAAUAUUUCAAACAAAAUAACUAAAAACAAACCACUGAGGAUUUUUGGGGACUCUUGUUGACAUUCAUUCAUUUUUUAUUCAACUUGAAGUGAUGUUUAAUUUAAUCAACAUUUUCAAGCUUAAAUUAAAAGAUUUCACAAUUGUCUAUAAAAAUGGCAACAAGAGCCGAAGGUUAAUCAUUUGGUUGUUUUAUUUUAUUUUAAAGUUUCAAGUUUCUUUAGAAACAAAACUAAAAGGUUUUAUUAAAUAGGCAGUUUGAAUAGAUUAAUUAUGACCACAGUGAAAUGUAGUGUUUUUAAUCUAAUGUUUGAGUGCUCUCACUCAAACACUGUUACCCAAAGCAGUUUAUUUAGCCUCAGAACACACAAACGAGGAACUCCAGCACCUCUGGAGCACCAUCAUCAUGUGUUUCAGUGCAAACAAUAUAACUAUAAAUAUCAGUUUUUAAUUAAGCGUCUCCAAUCAGGUACAUACCUGUUCUCCAGUCCAAUGCCUCCACUGUAAUUCAGUAUUUUUUGUUUUAAAAGACAUUUGGACGGGGAGCCAAGCAUCUUUCAUUAUUAACCUCGGGGAACAGGGGUCAGGGAACAUGGAUAGUGGGAAACAUAGGGUACCAGGGAACAUAGUGGUGACCCUUCACAGUCUAUUUAACCAGAAACAUGUGGAGUAAAGUGCUGUAAAUCUAAAAAAAAAUAUUCAUUUGGGUUAAACUAAGGGAAACAAAACAAUGAGAAACUGUUUCACACAAAGGAUAAAAAAAAAAAAACAAAACAAAAAAUCAAAUGUCAUGACUUGGUCUGGAGUAAAUGCCAAAAGAAUAAAAGUGCAUUUUUCAAGCAGGUUUUUAAAAUGUCAAGUGUUGGUGAGGUCGUAAUGUGAAAGGGCAGCUGUUCCACAGUUUAGGCUCCCAAAGCUCGAUCCGCUCCGUGCUGCAGCUCAGGAUUCAGUCGGGAGAGCCGGGAUCUCCGGGAAAAUGGUAAAAGAGUAGAAGGAAAAGGUGGCGUUCACCUAGUUAAUGACUUAAAAUACAAAUAUUUAUUAUGAAAUAAAUUCAGUUAUUACAA